AUGAGCCAUAUCCGUAUUCAAGCCGUUCUCACCGAGGUCUGUGGUCUGACCCCCUCAGAAGUCUGCGAAUACACUGCCGCUGCUGGUGAUGCUCUGGAUCUCAACAUCAUUUGCGAGCCUAAUUUCUCUGUGACACUCGAGAGCACUGAGAUUGAGAGAGUCGGUAGAGUUACGAUGGAAGUCUUGGAUGGUGCUGAUGACCCAUAUGCACAACUACAGAAAGGUCUGGUGGAAAUGGAAGUCCCCGAAGCCUGGAAGCUCGUCGAGGCCUCGGGCAAGGCUUCACGGAGCGAAGAUAUAAUUAUUGCUGUAUUCGAUUCUGGUGUUGAUGAUAAACAUGAAGAUCUCCGCGAUAUCCUGUGGACGGGUCCAGAUGGUUCCCAUGGCUACAACUUUGUCGAAGGAUCGACUGAUGUCUCGGACGGUCACAGUCAUGGUACGCAUUGCGCUGGCACUAUCGCCGCCCAACGCAAUAAUGGUCUUGGGAUCAGUGGAAUCGCACAAGCGAGGUUGAUGGCACUCAAGAUAUGUGAUGAUACCGGUAGCUGUAACAUACUGCUAGCUUUCCGAGCCUUCGAGUUUGCCCUGGAGCACGGUGCUCAAGUGUCUUCACAUUCUUAUAUGGCUGAUACUGGUGCAGCCAUAUUGGAAGAGGCUUACAAAAACGCAGGGGCAACUGGACAUGUUAUGAUCUUUGCAGCUGGGAACGACGGGCAGAAUAUCGACACCAGUAAAUACCCCUGCACGCUAAGCCGACUCAUACCAACAUCUGUCUGCGUUACUCACACGAACUUGGAUGCACCCGAUAAAUAUACGCUUGCUAAAAAGGCAAAUUAUGGCCCCUAUGUGGAUAUGACUGCUCCAGGCAUCGGAGUGUUCUCAACCGUACCACUUAGUAACUACGUCUACAUGUCUGGUUCGUCUAUGGCGGCCCCUCAUGUAGCUGGUGUGGCUGGUAUGUUGGCCUCUAUGAAUCUUAACGGUGAACACAUUAUCCGAGCUUUGCGCGCCUCUGUCCUGCCGCUAUCAGAUAAUGANNNNAUCAUCGGACGGGACCACAUCCCUAUCGUCGAGGAUGACGUACCUCUCUACGAGGUGCGGAUGCUCUCUCAACCACGCCUUGAUCUCAUCCAGUCUGCAGCUGUACACCUGAGUCUUCACACUACGUAA